GACCGUCUUGAUAUCUAUCACUGCAGAACUCGCUUGUCUUAUCUUUGUAUUUAGCAAAGCAGUUCAAUAACUCAAUGUUGCUUGUUGUAUGUGCGUCGAUAAAUACGAAGAGGCACGUUCGCACUCACCACAAGGGCAUCUGAGGCUCCCACCGAAUAUUCCGGACCGACCCAUGCACUCCAUAUGCUCGUCCAUUCAUAGUCAUGCAGGACCACCUGCCAGGACUUCAAAUAUGGACAAUUCAAUCUCUAACCACCACCUUCAACCCAUGAAAUGACUUCCUCCAACGGCCUCGUUUGCUUCACAAACUGCUUGUUGCCACAGGAGGAUGGCAGUCUUAUUGAGAAAGACCUCUGGAUUGACGAUCGCAGGGGGGUCGUCUUGGAUUCGCAACGUACGUUCUUCCUGCGAAAGGAGAGGCCUGCCAGAGUCAUCGACCUUGGAGGUAACAUCGUGAGCCCCGGUUUGAUGGAUAUACAAAUUAAUGGAGCCUAUGGUUUCGAUUUCUCUGUAUAUGAUGGAGACGAGGAGGCUUAUCGCCAGGGGCUCAAAACCGUUGCCGAGAAGAUCGUCGAAACAGGUGUUACAUCGCUUGUACCAACGAUUAUUACCCAACAACAAUCACUCUACCCCACUAUCCUGAAUCUCCUCCGCCCGCUGUCCGGACCCAACUCGGCCAACCUUCUAGGCUGGCACGCGGAAGGCCCUUUCAUUCAGUUGGCAAAGAGAGGCGCGCAUUUACCUGAGUUCUUACUCCCCGCUCCGGAAGGUUUCCAGUCGUUCGAGAAAGUAUAUGGCACUGAGAACCUCGCUGUGACAGAAGACUGGCUCAUGGCCAAUGACGGUGAUUCUGACACUGUUGGAGUACGUAUCAUUACGGCGGCACCUGAGGUUGAAGGUGUUAGGGUUGCUGUAAAGGAGGCUGUCAAGCGAGGAAUCGUUAUCUCCAUUGGACACAGUAUUUGUUCGACAGACAUUGCUGCCGCCGCAGUGGUCAAUGGAGCCCGCCUCAUUACCCAUCUUUUCAAUGCUAUGCCACAACUUCACCACCGAGACCCAUCCAUCAUUGGUCUCCUAGGUGCUUCUCCACAUCUUGCAUCCAACCUGUCUCCCAAGUCACCAGCCUCGCCCACAUCCGCGAGCUUCACGAUUCCUCGUACGCCCUCUUCCAAUGCUCUAGCGAACCGCAUCAAAGGUGCGCUUGGGGAAGGUCCGAAGGCUACCUCGGAGGCAUUCGAUGAAUUGACGACUCCACCUCAAACUCCGGUGCUAGCUGGUGUGGACUCGGACUUGCAGUUGAAAAAGGGUGAGAAGGCGGAGAUGCCGUUUGAAAGGCCGUUCUAUGAGUUGAUUGUGGAUGGAAUUCAUUCGCACCCUAACUCGGUCCGACUUGCGUACUCAGCGUUCCCAGAGGGAUGUAUCUUAAUCACGGAUGCCAUGAAGAUCCUCGAUCCCCACCUUCGUGAUGGAAUUCAUGAAUGGCGCGACGGGAAACGUUUCGUCAAGGAGGGUGACAAACUCUACCUCGAGGGUACUGAUACUCUCGCCGGAAGCGUCGUGACUCUUGACAAGUGUGUCCGCAACUUUUCUCGAUUCACGGGCUGCUCUUUGGGCGAAGCUAUCAAGUGUGCUACACUCAAUCCUGCGAGGUGUUUAGGGAUCGAGAACAAGAAAGGUACCCUGCGCCCUGGUGCAGAUGCGGAUCUCGUGGUAUUGGAUAGGAAGGGGUACGUGCAGAGUACAUGGGUCAAAGGUAAGGAAGUUUGGUCGAGGGCUCUUUGAACCAAAGAUCAGUUCGAGCGCAGCUAUGAGCAACAUGAGAAUGGACUCUUCGACUACUUGUAAUAUAUGUAUAUUUUUGAUUUGGUUUGGAUAC